GGGCGAGGGAAGCAAGCACCAUCUUGUGUCCCUGCCAGGCUGCGGGAGCCCCGGGAGCUCGCUGCAGAGCGGCAGCGUGUCCCUGCCUGACCUCCUCCUCCUCUCCCUCCUCCUCCUCUCCCUCCUCCUCCUCCUCCUCCUCUCGCGGCUCUCCGAGGGGGCUGCGACUCUCGGGGGGGACCCCAGGUUCUCCAGCAGCACCGUUGGGGGAUGCCCCGCUCCGGCUGCACUUGGAAUUCGGUGCUUUUGGAUCUCUCCUGUUGCAUUUCUCUGGCUGGAGAUCAGAAGAACCGGAGGGUUUUAAUCCGGGAAAAUGGAGAUUUCUUUCAGCCCUGCUUGCAUCGGGGAGAUCCAGCCGGCUCUGCUCCAUCCCAGCCCCUCUCCCCGUGCCCUGGAGGGGGGAACGCCAGCACCGAGCCCUCCCCUCCGUGCUGCCGGAGCCAGCGCCAGCCUGUUGCAUGAGAACCGGGAUAUUUUUAGCUCUUUAAUGUCCCCGGAGUGGCUCCAGCUGCAGGCUCGGCCAAGUGUCCCUCCCGAUGAGCCGGGGAUGCCCCAGUACCAGCACCUCGGGCAGGGGUGGCUCCGGAACAGGAUUUGGUGUUUGAGGGCGAUUUGGGAGCAGGAUUUGGUGUUUGAGGGCGAUUUGGGAGCAGGAUUUGCUGUUUGAGGGUGGUUUUGGAGCAGGAUUUGCUGUUUAAGUGUGGUUUCGGAGCAGGAUUUGGUGUUUGGGAGCAGCAUGUGCUGUUUCAGGGUGUUUGAGGAGCAGGAUUUGGUGUUUGAGGAUGUUUAGGGAGGAGGGUUUGGUGUUUGAGGGCAGUUUGAGAGCAAGAUUUGGUGUUGAAGGGUGUUUUGGAGCAGAAUUUGGGUGUUUGAGGGUGGCUCCGGAGCAGGAUCUGGUGUUUGAGGGCAGUUUUGGAGCAGGGUUUGCUGUUUGAGGGAGCAGGAUUUGGUGUUUGAGGGUGUUUAGGGAGCAGGGUUUGGUGUUUGAGGGCAGUUUGAGAGCCAGAUUUGGUGUUGAAGGGUGUUUUGGAGCAGAAUUUGGUGUUUGAGGGUGGCUCAGGAGCAGGAUUUGGUGUUUGAGGGCAGUUUUGGAGCAGGGUUUGCUGUUUGAGGGAGCAGGAUUUGGUGUUUGAGGGUGUUUAGGGAGCAGGAUUUGCAGUUUGAGGAUGUUUGGGGAGCAGGAUUUGCAGUUUGAGGGUGGUUCUGGAGCAGGAUUUGCUGUUUGAGAGCAGUUUUGGAGCAGGAUUUGCAGUUUGAGGGCGAGGAUGAGCAUCCCCUAUGCUGUGCCAACGCUCGGCAUCCCCAGCACACGGCUGGGCGGAGACCUCAGCGAUUUUGGAAUCAACCUCAGCCAUGGCAUCUGGCCCUGUGGCCACCUCCUGGAUGUCCCCUGGUGUCCCCAGGGCUGUCCCUUUGCCCCGGGCACGGGCUGAGUGAUGCUGCCACGUGCGCGGCGGCCUCGGCCUCUGUAGAGCCGCGCUCCGGGCUCGCUUAAUAAGGCCACGGCGUGCAUUAUUUUAUUAAUGAGGUAUUAAAAAGCUGUUCAUGGCCAUGCUAUGCAUUCCCAGAGAGGCAUCCAAGAAAUCUGUGCUGAGCAGUGACUGCUCACCCAGUGCUUGGUUCUUAGGAUAGCUAUGGGGACACCACGCUACUGGGGCGUCACUGUGAACCCCCAGAAUGUCACCCCGAGCUGCCAGCCUGUCCCCACCAUGCUCCAGGAUGAGCUCCAAGGGUUUUUCUAGCUCUGUCUGAAGUUGGUGGCUUCAUGCCCAGGCUGUGCUUGGCCAGGGGUGAGCCAUGGGUGGGGGGAUCAUUGCAGUGGGGACCUGCGGGGUUGGGAUGCUGCUGUGGUGGUUUUGGGGUGAAUUACUCACUGUGUGCUGCACUGUCCCCAACCUGGGCACUCAUUGGCACUGCAAGGAGUCCCCUGUAACGCUGCAAGGUGGCAGAUGGGGACAGGGACCAUGUGGGGACAGGGAGCAAGAGGGGACAUGGGAUGCUGCUCGCACACAGCAUCCCAGUUACUCCAUGUCACCUCCCGGUUCAUGUCCCCACUUGUCCCCAGGCUCAGGGCAGGGUGCUGACCCCCAGCCCAGCUCCCCAGCGCCCAAACCUCUUGGUAAGCCCCUGUCUGUGUGUCCAUCUGUCUGUCCGCAGGGCAAAUGCCAUAGGAUGACCGCUGCUGGUCCCCUCUUACUGGCUGUGAUUUCGUCUGUCCUGUGGCUCACGCGGGGCUUCGACCCGGCUCCCAGCGCCUGCUCCGCCCUGGCCUCCGGCGUCCUCUACGGCUCCUUCUCCCUCAAGGACCUGUUCCCCACCAUCUCCUCGGGCUGCUCCUGGACCCUGGAGAACCCCGACCCCACCAAGUACUCGCUCUACCUCCGCUUCAACCGGGAGG